AUGAUAAAACAAACAACAACAACAACAAAUCAAAGUAAUUCUAGUCCAUCGCCACCAUCAUUUGAAAGUGAUUAUACACCAUCAGAUGUAUCAAAUAUAAUUCCUUACAAAGGUUUAAAGAUUGGUGAAAGAUUAUUAAAUUCAAUACAAAGAAAAUCUGAUUGGAAGAAAUGGGGACCAUAUGUAUCAGAUAGAGAAUGGAGUACAGUUAGAGAAGAUUAUAGUUCUGAUGGAGAUGUAUGGAAGUACUUUGACCAUGAUCAAGCUAGAAGUAGAGCUUAUCGAUGGAGUGAAGAUGCAAUUGGAGGUUAUUGUAAUCGAUUCCAAAAUGUGGUUUUAGGACUUGCCUUUUGGAAUGGUAAUGAUCCAAUUAUAAAGGAAAGAUUGUUUGGUUUGACCGGUCCAGAAGGAAACCACGGUGAGGAUGUCAAGGAACACUACUUUUACUCCGAUAAUACUCCAGACCAUAGCUAUUGCAAAAUGUUGUACAAGUAUCCACAGAAAGAGUACCCCUAUGAACAAUUGGUCAAAGAGAAUGCCAAGAGAAACAAAUUCGAACCAGAGUACGAGUUGGAAGAUACCGGUAUCUUUGACAAUGACGAAUACUUUGAUAUCUUUAUCGAGUAUGCCAAGGCUGCCGAAGAAGAUAUCUUGUGUCGUGUAACAAUCCACAACCGUGGACCCAAUGCCGCCCCAAUCAACGUGUUGCCACAGCUGUGGUACCGAAACACCUGGUCGUGGGGUUACAAUAACCGUCGUCCCUACAUCAAGACACUCAGAGAGGGUGUAUUGGUCGGCGAAGAACACCACAUUGGAAAGCGAUUCUAUGCUGUCACGUAUGAAGGAGACAACGAUGGUAAAUUGGUUGAAAACGUUCCCUUUCUCUUUACCGAAAACGAUACCAACACUGAACGACUCUUUAAAUGGCCAAAUGCCAGCCCAUACGUCAAAGAUGGUAUCAAUAAUUACAUUACAAAGGGUUGGAGUGAUGUAGUAAACUAUGCAAGUGGAACCAAAGUAGCUGCCAACUGUUACAAGGUUGUUCAACCAGGUGAAUCAUUUACAGUCAAGAUUAGAUUUGCCGAUUAUGAUUUCGAAAAUCCUUGGUCCGACUUUGAUAAAGUCUUUAAAGAUAGAAUUGAUGAUGCUGAUGAAUUUUAUAAUAAGAUUCAUGGAAAAGGAUUGAGUCAAGAUAUUAAAGCAAUUCAAAGACAAGCAUUAUCAGGUAUACUUUGGAGUAAACAAUAUUAUCAUUUUGGUGUUGAAAUGUGGAAAAAGGGUGAUCCAAUUCUACCAAGAAUCAAUGAAUGUUUGGUCACUAGAAAUGCUCACUGGGAACAUUUCUAUGCCAACGAUGUCAUUUCAAUGCCAGAUAAAUUCGAGUAUCCUUGGUUGGCUCAAUGGGAUCUUUGUUUCCAUGUUAUUUCAUUGGUAAUGGUUGAUGUUGAAUGGGCAAAGAGACAAUUAAUCCUUCUGACAAGAGAGUGGUACAUGUCUCGAGACGGUAAAAUCCCUGCUUAUGAAUUUCAAUUUAAUGAUGUUAAUCCACCAGUACAUGCAUGGGCAGCAUUAGAGAUUUAUAGAUAUAUAUUAAAAAAGACAGGACACAAGGAUUUAGAUUUUCUUGAAGAAAUCUUUCAUAAAUUGCUAUUAAACUUUACAUGGUGGAUUAAUCUAUUUGAAAGUGGAUUCUUGGGAUUGGAUAAUAUAUCGAUUUUCGAUAGAUCACAACCACUUCCAGGUGGAGGUAAACUAGAGCAAGCUGAUGGCAGUGGUUGGAUUGGAUUUUAUUGUCUCAACAUGUUGGCCAUCUCGUUGGAAAUUGCCAAGGAAAGACCUGCCUAUGAAUCAAUUGCAACCAAGUUCCUCGAACACUUUGUAUACAUUGCCAAGGCCAUAUACUCGGGGAAAAAGCAUGGUACACUUGGAUUGUGGGAUGAAGACGCUGGUUUCUUUUUCGAUUCUAUUCAAAUGCCAAACGGAUACUCUCAACACAUCAAACUGCACUCACUAGUUGGUUUGAUCCCAUUGUUUGCCGUCGACAUUAUCGAACAAUCCACCUUGGACCGUCUGCCACGAUUCAAAGAGAGAUUGGACUGGUUCAUCAAAUAUCGUCCUCAUUUGGUGAAUGGCAUGGCAUCAUUUAUCGUCCCGGGUGAAGAGAAACGUCGUCUGCUCUCUAUCGUCAAUCGUGAUCGUCUCAAACUCAUCUUGGAAAAGAUGUUGGAUGAAACCAAAUUCUUGUCAGAGUUUGGUGUCCGUUCACUCUCUAAACAACAUCAAGCCGAGCCAUUUGUGUUUAAUCACCAUGGUCAAUCGGUUACAGUCGCCUAUGAACCUGGUGAAUCGACUACUGGUAUCAUGGGAGGUAACAGUAGUUGGAGAGGUAGUAUUUGGCUCUGUGUCAAUUAUCUCAUGAUCCAAUCGUUAAAGCAUUACCACUCUUAUUAUGGUAACGACUUUGAAGUAGAGUUCCCAACAGGCUCAAAGAACAUGGUCAGUUUGGAUGUUGUGCAAAAGGAACUGUCGCGUCGUCUCAUCUCAAUCUUUACGUUGAACGGUGAUGGUUCGCGUCAAUACAACAAAUCAAAACCAAUUUGGGCAAAGGAACAUUGGAGAGACCAUAUUCUCUUUAAUGAAUACUUUAACGGUGACAAUGGUAAUGGUGUUGGUGCAAUCCAUCAAGGUUGGACUACUCUUGUAGCUAAAUUAAUUGAAGAUCUUGGUGAUGAUUUAUAA